AUGGGGCCACUUCCCAUCCAGGAACAUCUGCUGGAAGUGAAGCCACUUCUCAUCCAGGAAUAUCUGCUGGAAGUGAAGCCACUUCCCAUCCAGGAACAUCUGCUGAAAGUGAAGCCACUUCCCAUCCAGGAAUAUCUGCUGAAAGUGAAGCCACUACCCAUCCAGGAAUAUCUGCUGAAAGUGAAGCCACUACCCAUCCAGGAAUAUCUGCUGAAAGUGAAGCCACUUCCCAUCCAGGAAUAUCUGCUGAAAGUGAAGCCACUUCUCAUCCAGGAAUAUCUGCUGAAAGUGAAGCCACUUCCCAUCCAGGAAGAUCUGCUGAAAGUGAAGCCACUUCCCAUCCAGAAAUAUCUGCUGAAAGUGAAGCCACUUCCCAUCCAGGAAUAUCUGCUGAAAGUGAAGCCACUUUCCAUCCAGGAAUAUCUGCUGAAAGUGAAGCCACUUCCCAUCCAGGGAUAUCUGCUGAAAGUGAAGCCACUUCCCAUCCAGGAAUAUCUGCUGAAAGUGAAGCCACUUCCCAUCCAGGAAUAUCUGCUGAAAGUGAAGCCACUUCCCAUCCAGGAAUAUCUGCUGAAAGUGAAGCCACUUCCCAUCCAGGAAUAUCUGCUGAAAGUGAAGCCACUUCCCAUCCAGGAAUAUCUGCUGAAAGUGAAGCCACUUCCCAUCCAGGAAUAUCUGCUGAAAGUGAAGCCACUUCCCAUCCAGGAAUAUCUGCUGAAAGUGAAGCCACUUCCAAUCCAGGAAUAUCUGCUGAAAGUGAAGCCACUUCCAAUCCAGGAAUAUCUGCUGAAAGUGAAGCCACUUCUCAUCCAGGAAUAUCUGCUGAAAGUACACUACUGGCCAUGA